AUGGGUUCGAUAGCCGAAGAUCUCCCGCUGCUCGCCACCAAACUCCACAUCACCACCAACAAGAACACCCAUCAGCCCACGCCGGCGCCGCCGUCCAUCGGUUUCGCCGUGACGGCGGUGAAGAAGGAGCUGGUGGCGGCGGUGCUUCCGGUCCAGGAGCACUGGCUCCCGCUAUCCAACCUCGACCUCCUCCUCCCGCCGGUCGACGUCGGUGUGUUCUUCUGUUACCCCCACGGCGGCGGAGACGCCGCCGCCGCGGUGCUGAAGAAGGGCCUGGCGCAGGCGCUGGUUUCGUACUACGCCUUCGCCGGGGAGUUGGUGAUGAGCUCCGGCGGCGAGCCGGAGCUUCUCUGCAACAACCGCGGCGUCGAGUUCUCCGAGGCCUACGCUGACGUGGCACUCAGGGAGCUCGACUUGUACAACCCCGACGACUCCGUCGAAGGCAAGCUCGUUCCCCUAAAAAACGGUGGCGUUUUGGCUGUUCAGGUGACGAAACUGAGGUGCGGAGGCUUAGUAGUGGGAUGCUCGUUCGACCACCGCAUCGCCGACGCCUACUCCUUCAACAUGUUCCUCGUCUCGUGGGCCGAGUCGGCCCAAUCCAGGCCCAUCUCCACCCUCCCUUCCUUCCGCCGCUCCUUGCUCAACCCCCGCCGCCCGCUCUCCCACAACUCCGCCGCCCUCGACGACAUGUACAUCCCCGUCUCCUCCCUCCCGCCGCCGCCGCCGCCCUCCUCCGUCCUCAUCAGCCGCAUCUACCACGUCAGCUCCGACUCGCUCCUCAACCUCCAAUCCCUCGCCAACACCAACAACAAAAACAAAAACAAUAACCGCUUCUCGAAGCUCGAGUCCUUCUGCGCGUAUCUCUGGCAGCUCGUCGCGAGAUCGACGCUUGGAAACGACGACGUCGUUUCCAAGAUGGGGAUUGUCGUGGAUGGACGGUCCAGAUUGGGCGAUCAGAUGGGAUCCUACGUCGGGAACGUGCUCUCGAUCCCGUACGGCGGGAAGCGCGUGGGCGAGCUGGUUGGGAACUCGCUGGGACACGUGGCGGGCGGGGUCCACGAGUUUCUGUCCGGCGGGGCGAGCCGGGACCACUUCCUGGGCCUGAUCGACUGGGUGGAGGCACACAGGCCGGAGCCCGCGGUGUCGAAGAUAUACAGCGCCGGGAACGCGGAUGGGCCCGCGUUCGUGGUGUCGUCCGGGCGCGGGCUGCCCGUGGGCCGGGUGGAUUUCGGGUUUGGGCUGCCGGUUUUCGGGUCGUACCAUUUCCCGUGGGGCGGGGCGGCUGGUUACGUGAUGCCGAUGCCGUGCCCGAAGGGGAACGGGGAUUGGGUGGUGUACAUGCACUUGUUUGAGGAGCAGUUGGAGCUGAUUGAGAGGGAAGCUGCCGCCGUUUUCAGGCCGUUCGCUUGGGACUACGUCGUCGUUUAA